AUCUCAAACACAGAAUUGAUCAGUGAACAUGAAGCUCUCUAUAUUCUUCAUUUCUUUUCUCUCCCUCGCCGGGAACAUUGUUGCUCUACCCGGUGCUCCCUUGGAAGCCCAGAUUCGGGAUUGUGGCGACCGCAGGUACUACCAGCAUAGAGUUUCCAAUCAAGGCCCGUGGUUGACAAUAGGUGCAUAUUCCGAUGGCCUUGUCGACGCAGGUCUUUCAAGGAUUCCACUGAGAGACUCUCAGCUCCCAAACCAACCAUUCUAUCAUGGCUCAGUUCAGACACAUUUAGACCUUCUUGAAUGUGGUCGUACAGUGCUAAAUGCAAUGUCCGUGGAUAGUCAAGUUCAUGAUGCAGCUGCACCAACCUUGUUUCAUCCCGACCUACAUAUGAGGAACAUAUUUGUUUCGGAUCAUGAUCCUUCGGUAAUAACUGGUAUUAUUAAUUGGCAGUCAUCCAGCAUAGAGCCAGCUUUCUGGUAUGCAGAUGAGGUUCCAGACUUCGCAACUUGUGCACCUUCCUCCACAUCAUCUGCUCAAAGGGUAGAUGACAGCAAGCUAUGCACAAAAGCCUAUGAAGUCUCUACUCAAUUUCUCACCCCAAAGCUCGCUCUCCCUAGGUUGAUGGAUGAAGGCAUGUUUCGACCUUCACUGAUACUGGUUGAGGGCUUAUCACAAGGUUGAAGUGCAGUACGCCUGGCCCGUUGGGCGGAAUAGCAGAGGUGUGAAAUCCGGGAGUGAAGACGGACUCAGUAGGAACGGAACAGUGAAUGGGUUCGGUGACAGCAAAGGUGGAGGACUGCUUUCUUCUUGCUGGGGACAACAUUCUCUUCUUGAACUGUUGACGGGGAGGGCCAUGAUAGAAUUCUAUUUGGUCAAGGCUGACAAACAUAUCUCCUGAUGACGAGCAAGUGAAUCAAGUGGGAAGGAUGAGAAAGGGACUGACAGGAUCAGAUAGUGUGCUGCUGGUAUGGAUUUCCAUUGACCCAAAGUCCGGAAAUGUGUCUAGCUAUUUACGAGAGGAAUGAAACUUUGCAGCAUGUCUUGCAAUGUGGUGCAACUGUUGACUGACUCUGCCUAUAAUCCAACCAGGUAGUGCCAAGGUUGGUUGGGGUCACAUUCAGACAAUUGCACAUCACACGUAUGCAAUUCCUCCGAACUCUCCCCCUGGGUCCCUUCAUU